AUGGAUAUAUCUUCAAGUUCAAGUUAUACUUUACUCUUAGCCCGAUUAACUAUCUCAUCCUACUCUGCUUCCACUCACUCUGAUCGUUCCAAAUCACAUGAACCUUCAAAUCCUCAAUCGCACCACACCUUGAACCAACCUUUUUCUUCGAAUGGGAUUAAAGAACCUUUAGAUGAAUAUCGUAAUAUACUCUUAGGAGCAGGAACCAACACACUUGGUCAACUUGGUCCUCUUUGUCUUUUAUCUUCUAAACCCCAAACAUAUACUAGAUUCAAACCUGUAGACUUGUUAACUCCUUUAGGUUUGAAAACGGAAGAAUGGGAACCUGUUAAGAUUGCUGUUACUUGGUCUAGUUCUUUUGUGGUUUAUCGUCGAAUCUUAACUUCCUCUUCUACUUCACAACUUCACUCUCAACCUAUAUCCACUUCACACUUUCAAAAAAUAAAUAAUUCCUCGGAAAUCCUUAUAGCUUGCGGUUCAAACGAUUUUGGUGAAUUAGGUUAUUUACCUAAAUCCCAACCUGACAAAAUAUCCAUAACGUUACCUAAUACAACACCGAACAUCGUGGAUCUUGGUUUAGGUGAGGAAGAAAGGAUCAAAUUUAUAAAAGGUGGACAAAGACAUGUUAUUUGUGUGAUUGAAAGUUUUGGAAAGAAAGAUAGGGUGAUAGGUUGGGGUGCAUCUAGAAAAGGGGAAUUAGAUGGGAGUAUCUGUUUCGUUCCUUGGAAUAAAGGAAUCGACGAGGGAAAAGGAAAAGGAAAACAAAUGCUCAAAUCACCUUGUUCACAACCUACAGAAAUACAUCUACCAAUACCCUCCAACGUCAAAAUAGUGGAUAUCUCCCUGGGGGCAUCACAUACUUUAGUUUUGUUGUCAAAUGGGAAUGUGCUAGCUUGGGGGAACGAUACGAAAUCUCAAAUCACUGGUCUCAACCCAGUGUCAAACAUCAAUGAUUCUAAGAUAAUCGGGAUAGCAGCGAGAUGGACAGGUAGUUAUAUCUUAGAUUCUGAAAGAAAGAUAUGGAGUCAAGGUUCUGAUACGCAUUCUCAACUUUUACGUUCUGAUCAUUCUUCUUCAUCUUAUCUUCAAUCACCCGACGAAACAAGGACGCAAGUUUCAUUACCCCCAGGUCGAGUGGAACGGAUAGUAGCGGGAUCGGAACAUCUUUUAAUGGAUAUACAAAGAGAAUCGCAACUAGAACUCUGGACAGGAGGUUGGAACGAGCAUGGUAAUCUCGGUUUGGGACAUUUACAAGAUCGAGAUUGUCUCACCAAAGUAUCUCUCCCAGGAAAAGUUUUGAACAUGUGGGCAGGGUGUGCUAAUAGUUGGAUAUUGGUUGAUGGUUGGGAUUUAUAA